UCAUGGUGUGGUCAUGGUGUGGUCAUGGUGUGGUCAUGGUGUGGUCAUGGUGUGGUCAUGGUGUGGUCAUGGUGUGGUACCGGUCGGUUGCACAGGGAAACAGAACAGCGCUGUCCCAUCACCAGAUUGGAAGAUAUUCAGGUCUUCAGGUUGGGAUGGAGCAGAGUCCUGGCUUUACUUCCUCAUGACUGUGGAGACCAGCAGCCUUUGGGGUGAGGAACCAGAACCAGUGAGUGGAGGGGUUCAUCCAAACUGGGUUUGAUGGUAGAGGAGGCCCCUCAGGCUGCUGCCCUACCGGCCGAUGGCAGCGUAUAAACCGUGAUGAAUCAGGACCCAGAGGUUCUGAGCCUGGCUCCAGAGACACUGCUCCUCAGUGAGAAGCAUCUCCAGACCAUUCGAGUUGGAUCUUCAAGGUUCCAGGAAGUACCGGGACCAGCUGCCGCUCUCACGGUGGAAGUUUAUUGGCUGAUUCUAAUCUCUGUUUAGGAUGGAAGCCCCUCCCACAUCACCUCUUCCAUCCACCUGCUGAUGGUUAAGGAACGCACCCAGUGAAGGAGUUCCAGGGUUCUGGGUCCAUCCUUUUCUCUAACAGAACCGGAGCAAAGCCCGUUUGGUACCAGAGGUUGAACACCCCCUGCAGGCCRCCAUGGGAGCCGCAGCAGCUGCCUGAGCGUCUCACCUGUUGGAUGGCUGCAAGUGAGAACCACUGGAGGGUCUAUGAAGUGGCUCAGCAGGUGAGGAACACCUGGUGGCGCGCCACAGGUGAGCCGGGCUCCGUGGACAGGACCGGAGUGACGAGGGGGCGGAGUCACAUGGGAAGAGCAUGCCAUGGAGGUCAAAGGUCAACUCAUUUUAGCACCUGAGCCCCUCACCUGUCCAAGCAGGAAGCAAAAAGAGCGAAUGGCAGAGCUGCAGGAGAGGAGGCGGAGCCUGCAGGUGCUACUGAGCGCGCGAUUGGCCGAGCUGAGGCGGAUCUGCCUCCAGGAGGCGGAGCUGACAGGUGCGGUGCCAGGCGACUUCCCUCUGGAGGCGGGCGAGAAGCCGCCCUGCGUCCGCAGACGAGCGGCGCCGACCCGCCAGGGGAACAGGAGGUGUCGAGCGGAGGAAGAAGACGGCCAGCGGCCCAAACCCAGAAAGACGCUGUUCAGCGCCGCGCUGAGGAAACACAGCGAUUCUGAGAACGGCACACACACUCACACACACACACACCACGGCAAGAGGACGGUGCACCGGGGUUGCCACACAGAGGAUACAGUGAGAUCAGAGAGCAGCUCCACGUCAGACUCAGCAGGAAACGACAACGACAACGGUGGGUCUCAGUGUCGCCCCCUGCUGGUUUCUGCUGGAUCUCCUGUGGAGGUUUUCAACCAGAACAAAACCAAGAAGUCGUCGGUGCUCAGCAGGACUGAGCACCGUGAGAGCACCAAGCCCCCUCCUCUGCCCCCCUCGCAGCCUCCCCCUCCCCCUCCCCGCUCCCAGGACUCCUCCUCCUCCUCCGACGCGGGGCGGGAGGCGGGCUGCCGGGCGUCGCGCCAGAGCAACGGCUCCGACAGCCUCCUGACCCACAGCACCCCCCCGGAGGACGAGGGUGGGGCCCAGCAGGGGGCGCUGCGGCCUAAUGGAGCCACUGUUUCCAGGGGAACGAACGCGGCCGGGUCUUUCUGGAGCUCUGAGUCGCUGACGGAACGGCGCGGCAGAAACCACCUCGCGGCCCCAGAGGGGGGGCUCCGCGUCCGAGGGGGGGGCUACAGCGAGGUUCUGCUGGACUACGUCUGGGAGAAGCAGCGGCAGCUGCAGCGCCAGCAGUCGCAGCCCAGCAGGCCGCUCCACAGCGCCGGCUCCGCCCAGCAGCCCGCCGGAGCCCCGCCCACCUACCGCGGUCACCACGGCGACCAACGCAGAGUCACCGUCACCCGCACCAAGUCCUGUGGCCCGUUCCUGCCAGUGCAACAGAACCACGGUGACAUCACCCAACAGGCUCCGCCCACCAUCCACUGCCCCCCCAGCAGGACUCCCAGCUGGAGGAGGCCACCCGAAGCCUCCACAAGGCCCUGGCCCUGGAGGGUAAGGGUGCCACCUGGUCUGAGGGACUGGUACCUGAGGAACACCUUAGGAUCCACCCACCAGAACCAGGCCAGUGGAAAGGUCUCGUCAGGUGCCAACACUAAGCCGAGUGGUGGGGUCAAAGGUCAGACCGGAGGGGUCGAUGCCCUGCAGCGAAGACGCACUGCCCACGGAGUCCUCCAGCAGUCGACCUAUCAGAGUCAUCACUACGCCGCGCCGCAUCACAAGCAGACGCUGCCGCACUCCGCCACGUUCCACGGACAUCCGCUGCACGGGAGGUCUGUGGACGGCUCGCUCUACCAGGACUCCUGUCUGUCCCAGAAACAGGAAGUUCCCCUCAGAGACUUGGCAGUGGACCAGCCGUCUCCUGGGACUCUGGUCUGA